UUCCAGCCAGCCGCGUUCUCCACCAGCAAGCAACGAGACCACGCAGCAGCGAAGGCCGCGCGCGAUCCACGCGUGCCUCCGCCGUGCGCGCGCGUCGCGUGCGGGGCCAGACCAGAUGGACGACCUGGCAGCGCUGGCGCGCGGCGAGGGGUGGACGGAGGAGCGGCACGCCGCGUUCCUCGACCGCAUGGAGCUCUCCUUCGUCCGGCAGGAGCUCGCCGGCAGCGACGUGCGCCAGGCGUCCCGCAGGCUGGGCCGCCGCCCCGCGCCGCAGGCCUCGGCCCCGCUCCCGCUCGACCGGCCCCUGCCCGACAGCGCCGUGGAGUCCAACCGGUCGGGGCCGGCGGCGGCCCGGCGACGCGCGGCCAACGACAACGACGCGCGCCGGCCCGUGGAUCCAGCCGCCGCAGGUUGGUGAAGGCUCGCGCUUGCCUUUCGUAUCGCAAGGUGAAAAAUGUUUUUCACGAAACUCCUGAACAAGAUGGUCAAACUCAGAAGAGAAGUCCCUUUCUACGAACGUAAAAGGUCCAUUCUUUCUUGUAUGGAGGGGAUGAUGUUUUGCUAUGCAUUCUUUGAUCUCUGCUCUUUUUUUAUAUAUAUAUGUUUUUAUAGUUUGGGCAGCUUAGAGCUAUUUGGCAUUCAAAUUCGAGAUGAAGAGCUGUAUCACUUUUACCAAUCACCGAAUUAUUUACUGAUUAGUUGUUAGCUUUAAGCAAAGCUUCUUUC